AUGGAUUCUCAACCAAAUGGAUUUGAAUUUUCACCGCCAGCGACACAAAGUGGAUUCGGUCCAUCAAUAAUAGAAGUUCUCAAUCAUGAGGAGGGGAUAAAUAUGAAGUCCUUGGGCGAAGUUGCGAUGAAAGGACGGCUAGGUAAAGGCUGGAGCGAGGACGAAUUCUUGUUAUUCGCGGAUAUCAUUACCGACGAGAACGUCUUCUACGAGGAACACGAUGGCCCAAACAUGGUUGUUGGAAUCGUCAAACGAUUCCUCGAGGAGCGACCUGAUAAAACCGAAUUUCAAUCAGUCUGGCUCUUCCACUUUGUCAGAGAGCUCACCUGUGGCAUGGAGAAAUACGCGGAGUCACAAUCAGAGUACGAUUAUGUGAACACACAGCAUCUUUUUGCACGAGUUUUUGAUCUCUGGCGACAUGAAAGAAAAGACAACAUCCGUAUGGAACUCUUCCGGGCGAUGUCCACUCUUUUCGACAAAUUCUUUACCCAAAACGAGCUGAACCUGCCAUCAAAACAUGUGGAGUUCAUCAAACUAACGAUGCUGUUCCAAAUGAGCGACGAAUACUUGCCAGAAAGAUCGAUGGCAAAGAAAAUUGUCGACAUGAUUCUUUCUCAAGAGCAACCAGCGCCCGUUCAAAUCACUGGCUUCAAAUUGCUUAUGCUGCUAUACAAAGAGUUUCCAAAAGCGUAUCUGUCGUUUCAACGAAAGUUUGCGAUGAUGAUGAUCAUCAUCGAAGGCUCGGAUGAGUUCGACUACAUUCCCAUCUACAAGUAUGAGACGAAGAAAACAGCUACUAAAACAACUGAGAAAUAUUUUAUCAUCCAAUUGGACACCGAAAGCAUAGACUUGAGUGACCAACAAGUGACAAUUUACUUCAAUAGAAACUCCACUUUCCAUGGGGUUGAUACUGAAGAUGUGAUCAGAAGAGAAGGGCCGUUUUUCUUCACUGUACAGAAAAAAGGCCGACGUGCACCUUCAACUAUCACCUCGACGAAUCGAAGUUCCUCUAUCCCGACUACAGCUGUCAGUCCAGUUCCUGCCUGUGAAAUGAAAGAGUUGAAAUCCGUCGUCGACUUGGAAUUGCUCGAUCCAGAAGGAGUAUCUCAGAUGUCUGUCGAUCUUAGUCAGCCCUUGAGCCAGCAAAACAUCGAGUGUCGAUCUCUCGUCCCUUCGUCGUUUUACCGCAGCGAAGUCGUUCCGCUCAAUCGCGAAAGUGCUUAUAACCUAAAAACACCAACCAACUCGCACAAGAUGAAGCCGACUGACUCGCAUUCUACACUGGCUCCACUCACCAGAGGUCUCGAGACGCAGUUCAAAUUGAAGCAGACGCCGAAGAACGAGAAGAAAUCUAAAAAUCCUAAAGAGGGUGCUUCGUCGGGAGAAGAGGAUCUUCCCAACAUGACGAUUGCCGCUGGAACACCGGGAAUCAUGAUGUCGGCGAAAAAAGUCAAGCAGGAGAUGCACCUUCCAAUCACUCCAAUCGAAGCGGUGCGAUCGAAGCCAAAAGUAAAGGACCCUCCUCCAAAGCUGACAACUUUCGCAGAGCCUACCAUCGACACCGACGAGAGUUCCGACGCAGACGAAACAACUCCAGGUCCUUCCGUCAAAAGUGCGAUCAUGAACGAAGAAGCGACCUCAAGUCAAAAUUCAAAAGGCUCAAGAGAGUUGACUCCGGAUAUGCCAGUCGAGUUCAACAGUAGCCCAACUGACUUGAACAUGGCGCCUCCUCGGAAAAAAUCGAAAACAGCCAAGGCUCUUUCGAGCUCGACCCCCCUCAUGCAGAAGCAGCGACCAAAUGUGUCUGAAACAGUCACCAAGGAGCAGCAGGAGAUGAUGGGGAAGUUGCGAGAGAAAUUCGCAAGCAUUUCUCAAUUCAUGCCGCGCGUGGAGGAAAGCAUCAAAGAAAUCGAGUCCGUGAAGAACCAAGUCGAUGAGAAUUGCCGAAAGCACUUUGAGCAAAUGAAGAAAGCUCGAAAAGAUCUGCGUAAAAAUGCGAAACAAGUCAUCAAGGACUCCGAGCAGAAUGUCGCAGCGGGCGAGCGUAAGAAGGCGAUUGCGACGAUGGCGAAGCAACUCAUGGAGAAAAUCAUCGUCGAAAUGCGCAAAUAG